CCGCGCGUCCCGCGGAGUGCGAGGAGACCCGGGGGUCGGGCCUGACCUCGGCGCCCCCUCCCAGCCGCGGCCUGACAGCCCAGCCGCCGGCACUUUUGACCCGGAGUCAAGCUGGGGCCCCAGUGGGACGAAGGCAAGAGCGGUGCUUGGGGGGCACCAGCCAAGAGACCUGGGGAUUGUCGGUGCUGGGAGGAGCUGACAAUCCCCUAAAGGAAAAGCAGGCCCCCCAAGAUUUGCCAGGUUUCAGAAGGAGGGAUGCCCAAGAAAGGCACUGGGCCCUGGUUUUCUGUGCUGGGUGAUGACCUGACACUCAUGGGAAAAGGUCACUGCUGGACACCUGGAUCGGGUCUGUCAUGUCCAGAGGAAGCGGCUGUUUGCCACCUGCCUGCUCAUCCGCUACCUGAGCACCCUGACUGUGCCAUCCCAUAGGCCAUGGAGAACGAGCUGCCGGUCCCCCAUACAUCCAGCAGCGCAAGUGUCACCAGCAGUGCCAGCGGCGGUGGCAGCAGCAGCAGUGGUGGCAGUGGCCGGCCCACGGGUCCCCAGAUUUCUGUGUACAGCGGAAUACCUGACCGGCAGACUGUGCAGGUGAUCCAGCAGGCCCUGCACCGGCAGCCCAGCACGGCGGCCCAGUACCUGCAGCAGAUGUAUGCAGCCCAGCAGCAGCACCUCAUGCUGCAGACAGCGGCCUUGCAGCAGCAGCACCUCAGCAGUGCGCAGCUCCAGAGCCUGGCAGCCGUGCAGCAGGCAAGCCUGGUGGCCAACAGACAAGGGAGCACUUCAGGCAGCAGUGUGUCUGCACAGGCCCCUGCCCAGUCAUCCUCGAUCAACCUGGCAGCCUCCCCAGCAGCAGCCCAGCUCAUCAACCGGGCUCAGAGUGUCAACUCGGCCGCAGCCUCGGGCAUCACCCAGCAGGCUGUGCUUCUGGGCAACACGUCUUCUCCAGCCCUGACUGCAAGUCAAGCACAGAUGUAUCUCCGGGCACAGAUGGCCCAGCCAGGUAACCUGGUGCAGGUAGCUAGGAGCCUAGGCGGCACUGUUCCUUUGUCCCCUCAGCUCAUCUUCACGCCCACGGCCACCGUCGCUACCGUGCAGCCUGAGCUCGGCACUGGCUCCCCCGCCCGGCCCCCCACCCCUGCCCAGGUACAGAACUUGACCCUCCGAUCACAGCAGACACCAGCUGCAGCAGCCUCGGGCCCUACCCCCAGCCAGCCUGUCCUGAGCAGCUUGGCCCUGAAGCCCACGCCAAGUGGUAGCCAGCCUCUGCCUACCCCAUCACAGGGCAGAAACACUGCUCAGGGUUCCCCUGCAGGUGCCAAGUCUGGCACAACCGACAGUGUGACAGAGCCACUCAAGAGAGGAGACAGCAACGGCAGUGUGCCCGGGAGCUUGGAGGGCCGGGCUGGGCUCAGCCGGAUGGUGCCCGCCGUGGCUACCCACCCGCUCAUUGCACCAGCCUAUGCUCAGCUGCAGCCGCACCAGCUCCUCCCCCAGCCAUCCUCAAAGCACCUGCAGCCCCAGCUUGUAAUGCAGCAGCAGCAGCCAUCCCAGCAGCAGCAGCCGCCCCAGCCAUCACGGCCGGCGCUCCAAGCCCCGUCCCAUCCCCAGCUGGCCUCGGUCCCUCCGAGCCUGGCCCUGCAACCCAGCCCAGAAGCCCAUGCCAUGCCGCUAGGCCCAGUCCCAUCCACCCUGCCUCUCCAGUGCCCCGCUGCCAAUCUGCACAAGCCUGGCAGCUCUCAGCAGUGUCCCCCUCCCGCACCAGACACUGGGGCUCACAACGGAUAUCCCGAGGGCCUGGCCCACACCCCUCAGCGCAGGUUCCAGCACGCCUCGGCUGUCAUCUUACAACUACAGCCUGCUUCACCAGUGCCCCAGCAAUGCACCCCCGAUGACUGGAAGGAAGUGUUGCCUGGGGAGAAGAGUGGUUCGGAGACUCGGUCUGGCCCAUCACCACAUCAGCAAGCCAUCGUCACUGCCAUGCCAGGUGGCCUGACCGUGCCCAAGAGCUCAAACAUCCAGCAGUCCCCAGCUCACGAGACAGGGCAGGGCAUUGUUCAUGCACUGACCGACCUCAGCAGCCCCGGCAUGACCUCAGGGAACGGAAACUCUGCCUCCAGCAUCACCGGCACUGCCCCCCAGAAUGGUGAGAAUAAACCACCACAGGCCAUUGUGAAACCCCAAAUCCUGACGCAUGUUAUCGAAGGGUUUGUGAUCCAGGAGGGGGCGGAGCCUUUCCCGGUGGGACGCUCGUCCCUGCUGGUGGGGAAUCUCAAGAAGAAGUAUGCACAGGGGUUCUUGCCUGAGAAACUUCCGCAGCAGGACCAUACCACCACCACUGACUCAGAGAUGGAGGAGCCCUAUCUGCAAGAAUCCAAAGAGGAGGGUACUCCCCUCAAACUCAAGUGCGAGCUCUGUGGCCGGGUGGACUUUGCCUACAAGUUCAAGCGUUCCAAGCGCUUCUGUUCCAUGGCUUGUGCAAAAAGGUACAACGUGGGGUGCACCAAACGAGUGGGGCUUUUCCACUCAGACCGGAGCAAGCUGCAGAAGGCAGGAGCCACGACCCACAACCGCCGUCGGGCCAGCAAAGCCAGUCUGCCAACACUUACCAAGGAUACCAAGAAGCAGCCAACAGGCACCGUACCCCUUUCAGUUACCGCUGCCCUGCAGCUAACACACAGCCAGGAAGACUCCAGCCGUUGCUCAGAUAACUCAAGCUACGAGGAACCCUUGUCCCCCAUCUCAGCCAGCUCGUCCACCUCCCGCCGGCGACAAGGCCCGCGGGACCUGGAGCUCCCUGACGUGCACAUGCGGGACCUGGUGGGCAUGGGACACCACUUCCUGCCAAGUGAGCCCACCAAGUGGAACGUGGACGAUGUCUACGAGUUCAUCCGCUCUCUGCCAGGCUGCCAGGAAAUCGCGGAGGAGUUCCGUGCCCAGGAGAUUGACGGGCAAGCUCUGCUGCUGCUCAAGGAGGACCACCUGAUGAGUGCCAUGAACAUCAAGUUGGGGCCCGCCCUCAAGAUCUACGCACGCAUCAGCAUGCUCAAGGACUCCUAGGGCUGGCCGGGCGCCCGGGCUCCUCCUCCUGACUGAGCAGAGCCGGCGGACACUCCUGGGGGCCCAGAGCAGGGCCGGUCAAGGGAAGGGCCCCCGCUGUGGGGCGUGGCUGGGGAGGAGGUCUCGGGACCUCCUUGGUGGCUCUCAGGGGCCUUUCUUUCUGUGGGAGGGGCAGAGAGGUAGGUGGCACAGAAGAUGGGGCUUUAUGCUUGUAAAUAUUGAUAGCACUGGCUUCCUCCAAAGUCCCACGACUCUAGCCCCGCUUCUCUUCCCUCUUUCUGUCCCCCAUUUUCCAGGGGGUAUGUGGUCAGGGCUCCCAACCUGAGUUGGGUCACUUCCCAGGGCAGCCAUCGGGCCUGGAGAGAGGCCUUGGAAGCCCUCACCUGCCUUCCUCCUCUUCUUUCUCGGGGCCCAGCUCGCUCUUCCGUUUGCCAGCUUCUCCCACUUCAGCCUGUUACUGAAGCCACCAGAAGGGUUCUCCCCCCUCAUCCUUGCAGGUGGAGGGAGAGAAGCUGGGCCCGGUUUGGCCACACCUGCUGGUACAGACGCCUUAACGCUGUGUGUGUGACUGUGUGACUGUGUGGGAGCCUGGACUGACUGAUGGGCCGAGAGCCCCCCCUGGCAUCUCCAGGUGUUUUGUAGCAAACAGCCACUUAGUGCUUUGUCCUGGACUCCACUCAGCCUCGGGAUGGGGAAUAGGAAAAAGGGCUGCCUCGGUGCAGAGGCAGGAUCAGAAAGCGAUGCAGGUUAGCAGGAGAUUUUCCUUUCCAGAUUGUCGUGGUGUCUCUGCAGCCCUUUCCUGCACUGUGACGCCCCCUGCCCCGACUGCCCUGCUGUGUCACAGCCGGCAUUAAGGAAGCUGCCAGUGGGCUGGGCCAAGCUGCGCCUCCUGGUCUUGCCUGUCCACCCACCCUGAGAGCCCAGUGGUGGGGCCCAGAGAACAUCCAAGGGUGGAAGAGCUGGAGUGACCGCUGAGGUGAAGAAGGCAGCCUUCCGCCUCGGCUCCCAUACUUCUUUGCCUCUGGAACUUGCUGGCAGCAGUGUGAGCUGCCCAUGGAGGAGGUGGGGCAGGAAGGGCGAGGGCCGGCCUCUGACCUGCCCUGCACGCUGCAGGCUUCCGGGGAAGAGUUGGACUCUCCCCAGGGGAGGGUGGGUGCCCUUCUCAGUUCGUGCUAUUCCCCACUCACACCCCCGGGCAGGGUUGGAAAUGAAGGACUUUUUUAACCUUUUUUGUUUUUUAAAAAUAAAUCCGUAAAAUCCA